AUGAAACACAGUUCAGGUCUGCUUUUGCUGCUUCUGUUGGGGACAUGCUCAGCACACACCUAUCAAAAUGUGGCCUUACGGGGAAGAGCAACCCAGUCAAAACAAUUCAAUCAUCAGCUGGCAGAUGCCAACAAUGCCAUUGAUGGAAACCGUGAAUCUGACUAUAAUGCUGGAUCAUGUGCCUGCUCUGAAAAACAGACCAACCCCUGGUGGAGAGUGGACCUGUUGGAUUACUACAUUGUCACCUCUGUGACCAUCACUAACAGAAGAGAUUGCUGUCCAGAAAGGCUCAAUGGGGCAGAAAUUCACAUCGGCAACUCUUUACAAGAUAAUGGUGCUGGAAAUCCAGUGGUUGCAGUAAUUUCUCACAUCCCAGCAGGCAGGUCUUUAACAAUUACUUUUACCAGACUUGUGGAGGGACGUUAUGUAACUGUGGUUCUACCUGGUAUCAAUAAAUACCUUACACUCUGUGAAGUAGAAGUCUUUGGCUAUCGUGUCCCAACUGGAGAGAACCUAGCAAUCCAAGGAAAAGCCACACAGUCUUCACUACAUUCAAUAGGCGUUGCCUAUAAUGCCAUAGAUGGCAGUCGUGCCAACAACUGGAACCAAGCUUCAUGUAGUCAUACAAAUGCUGACUUCACCCCCUGGUGGCGACUGGACCUGGGCAAAGCCCAUAAAGUGUUUUCUAUUAAUAUAACCAAUCAAGGAGAUGGUGUUCCCCAACGAAUCAAUGGAGCUGAAAUUCGAAUCGGAAAUUCUCUAGACAACAACGGCAACAAUAAUCCCAGGUGUACUGUGAUCUCAAGCAUCCCUGCAGGUUUCACUGAAAACUUUCAGUGUAACGGGAUGGACGGUCGCUAUGUCAACAUUGUCAUCCCUGGAAGACGUGAGCAUCUGAUUCUGUGUGAGGUCGAGGUGUACGGUUCCAGAUUGGAUUAGCUAUGAGGAUGCUGAAACUGUUUAGCUUAGGGUGAUGCAUUUGUGCAGAUUCAUGUUGCAUUAAAGAUUUUGGUUCCACAUAUUAGAGUUUCAUUAUUAUAAAGAAUAGUAACAUAGUUGGGGUAACAUUUAUUCUGCAUUAUUCCAUUUUUGACCAAUGUGAGGCGGAAGAAUUUCAAAACAAGUUGAAAGACAUUAACGAUUACAUUGAAUAUCAAUGUUAUAACAGCUAAUGUGGUAGUAAAAAGUUGCCUCAAACAACCUGCUGUACCAGUUACAAUUAUAUGGAGUUAUUUUGUUUGUGCCUGCUGAUACUGGAGUAAAGAGGCAAUUUUUUAAUAAAAAAAAAAAAACUAAUCAAAAUAAUGAUCAAACAUAAACGUCAACUUUACUAUUGAAUUUGAU